CUGCUUUCCUACGCCUAAUACUUCGCAAAUUACUUUCGUCGCUCGGCGCAACACGCCCGAAUGGCCUCACUCGUUACAAGGACUGACGCAAGCGACCUGGGCAUUGCCUUCCGCACGCGAUCGAGCAAAGCUUUGGCAUCACCACAGGGAACAAUGCCUGAAUUCCAAACGUCCCGCGGAGCACCCUCACGUCAUCAAGCACCUGUGACGACGACAGGUUCCGCGCAAGCUGCUGCUGCCUUCGCUUCCGAGUCCUUCCUUCCAGCAGCAGCAGGCCACCACCAACAUCUAUCGCAACCUCUAUCGCCUUCCGCCCCAACCUCAUCAGUCCUGCAAAACGAACCCCAACCCUUUCGAUUCGAGCUCGGCUUAUCCCAGCAGCCACUUUCCGGCCUCACGCCAUUCCAGCGCGGUGAGCUGGAGCUAGCCAGGACGCGUGCGCAGCGAGCUGCCGCGGGCCGAGCUCGCCAGAAGAAGCAACAGCAGCCCCAAUCCCCCACUGCAGCACAAUCCCCAACAGCCGCAGCCGCAGCAGCAGCAGCCAUGGCAGCAGUGGCAACGAGCUCGGGACUGGGAUCAGGUCACGUCACCGGCGCCGGCGGCGGUGGCGGUGGCGGUGGCGGUGGCGGUGGCGGUGGCGGUGCAAAGCGGCAUCGCAGCAAUCACUACAGUAGCAAUGGUGGCGGUGGUGGCAGCGGUGGUGGGUUUCACUGGGCGGCGGAUGCCUCCGCCCCCAACACGGAUGACGAGGAGGGCGGUGGCGCCGGCGAGCAGUCGGAAGGAGAGCUGGAGCUUUCGCGACUGAGUCCCGAGGAGCAGGAGCGGGUGCUGACUGCGAGGCUGGCGGCGGGGGGCGGAGGCGGCGGCGGAGGGGGGGACAAGGACGCACGGAGGCUGAAGAGGCUCCUGCGAAACCGCGUGUCAGCCCAGCAGGCCCGCGAGCGCAAGAAGCGCUACGUCACCACCCUGGAGGGGCAGCUGGGGCAGCAGCAGGCGCACAUCGAGCUGCUGGAGGCGCGGGUGGCGGCGGUGGAGGCGCAGAAUGAGGCACUGCGGAACAUCAUUCGGACCAUGCGGGGGUUUGCGGAGGCGGGAGGGACAGCGGGUGAGGCAGGUGGAGGUGGGGGCGGUGGAGAGGAAGAGCAGCUGGGAGCGGCAGGCAUGCAGCAGCAGCAGCGACGAACGCAAUGGGUACAGGAACAGGAGCAAGAUGAUGAUGAUGAGGAAGAGGAGAAGGAGGAGGAGGGUGAUGAGCCCCGACAGCACCAGCAGCAGCAGCAGGCGGGGGUUCCCAUGCAGCAGCAGCAGCGGGGGCGGCAGCAGCAGCAGCGGCAGCAGCGGCAGCCCCCGUCGGCGCAGCACUCUCGCGCGCAGCUGUUGCCGCAGCUGCCAGCAGCAGCAGCGGCCGCUGCCGCUGCCGGGGUUUCCCAGGCAGCAGCAGCAGCAGCAGCCGCGGCGGCGGCGGCAGUCAACCCUGCAACCGGUAACUUCCGCCAACACCAGCUGCUAACACCUCCGUCACAGCAGCAGCAGCCACACUAUUACCACCACCACUACCAUCUCCAUCAGCAGGGGCAGGGGCAACAGGUGUUUGGUGUGCUGCUGCCCUGCGGGCCCGGUGGUGGCAACGGGGAGCAGCAGCCGGCUGAGGGAGGAGAUGCGGCGGGCGAUGCGGGUGUGGUGCCCAACUCCUUCGAAGUUCCCGACUGCGGAGCCGGCUGGUAGCAGGCGGAGGACUGUCUGGCCGUGCACGGCUGAGGACUGCUCCUAUCUGUGGCACCUUGCGGAGGAACAAAGGUUGCGAAUGGGGGUUGUAGAUUGCAUGUGGCCACUUUUGUUAGGCCCAACCGCUCGUUGUUCCUUUGUGCCUUACCCAUGCCGGCUCCCCAGCCCUUUAGCUGCUGCUGCUGCUGCUGUGAUGCUGCCUGAAGGGGGAAUCUUUGCAGUUGCGUGAUUAGGUCCGCUACCCGCCCGCCAGCCAGCGGGACCUCUCUAAACUCAAUUCCCAACGUGUACCCAAUGAACGUGCGAUAGCAGGGAAUGCCAAAAUGCGAGAACAGACCGUAGAGUGUGAGGCAGCAUUGCCUGUAUUCUUUUGGUAUACUUGGUAUGGCUGGUGUUGGUGUGGGUGUGGGUGUGGUACGUCAAAUGGGCUGCGUGUGUGCGUGGAAACAUGCAACGUGUGCCGAAGGACAACGUGGAUGGAACGACUGUGGAGGUAGGGCUAGCGGCAGCACCUGCAUCUGCAGCGCUUCCCUGCCCUGCCCUGAAGCUGGAGGGACUGUUUAUGCGAGGGGAGCAGAGAUGCCGUAACGUAACCGCUAUCGCUUGCAAGGCUCGGCUAUCAAGUACUUGUACCUUUCGUACCCUUUGUUGUGUUGGAUUAUUACGUGUUUAGAGCCCUCGGAAGAGCCGUAGGUCUUACGUGCCUGGUAUGUGUACGGAAGCGUGCUGGGGGCGGCGGGUACGGUACCUCUUUUUCCCUAAAUGGAGCUCGUGGGUGGAAUCCGUGGAAGCGUCCGUUCGUCUUCUUCUUCCUGUCAUGCGAGUGGAGUAGUGGUGAGUGGCGCGGUGGUGGACUAGUGACCUCCCGAGAUGGUUUGGUGUGGUAGGAGUGUCGUGGACUGGGGUUGGAGUGUGAGGAGCCACAGUCCAUGUGUGAUUGUGUGUGAGUGCAUGUGUGUGCGAGAGAGAGAGAAAGAGAGAGAGAGAGGGGGUCGACUGAUGACGGUCCCGUGACUUAGGGACCGUUAUUGGUGUGCUGCGGGCUUCAUGGGUGGCUGGGAUGGGCGAGAGAGGCACAAGGAGGCGAAGGAGGUUGCCCGCGCGGCAGGGCAUGCGGGUAUCAUUCUCGCUCCUAAAGCUUUCCUCGUUUGUACAAUACCUUUUGUUUACCUCUGGUUAGGUCCAUGGUUAAGUUCAGGAACAGAAAAGCGGUUUGGACGCGUGCCAUGUUUUGCUGUGUUGUUGCUUUGGAUAAACAUGCCUUCGCUCUGUUGUUGUUUUGGAUGCCAUGUGCGAUAGAGCUGCAGACAUGGGCGAAAGCCGACGUGCAGUACGUAAGGUGUGUACCCUAAGGUAACCGUUGCACAGGACCCAGUUGCGGGUAAGGAAAGAACAAGCAAGAAGGCGGUGCGGUAGGACGCGUCUUACACGCAUGCCAGUGUGCCCCAGUGACCCAUGGGUCCGCACCAGGGUUUGAAGUUAAGAGGGCGGUCGUCUGAGUGGGCGGCCGCCUCCUAAGCCACAGCAGCUGGGGAGACGCGCUGCACAUGCAUGUAUAUAGCCUCGCAUUUGCACUGCCGGUAGAUAACCGUUUCAUCAUUAUCGGCGGGUAUCGGGAAGAAAUUAGCUGUUCGUUGCUGCUGGUUGGCUAAGUGGUGUACGUGGGGAGUGCAUUUGUCAGUGCGGCAACGCCAAGCAUUAUUGUUCUUUUGUCAAGCAUGCUGGAAUGGAAAAGAACGACAUGCACUUUAACAACAGAAGAUCGGAC